GCCAUAUGAUUUUGUUUUGACUUCGUUUUUUUUUGUUUUUCCCAACAAAACUCGUGCAAAAUGUUUAAUUUAGUAAUUAGGUAAUAAGAACCCGUGCAAUAACUAGUUUUAGAGUAGCCACCCCAGCGGUGACUGACCUGGCCAGCGAUUGACCACCCCGGCGAUUGGAGAGCGUGAUUCGGCCUUUUGGGGGCCAGAAACAUGUCAGCAGCCGUGGCCGAGCACUGUUUGUUGUUGUUGUUGGUGCUGGUGCUGCCUGUUGCCAGGCAACGAAAAACGCAAACACAACAAGUUACGGUUACGUCGCUGUUCGGGCCACUUCCUUCCGGUCUCAUUUCUGCACCGUAAUACAAUUUUCCACAUUCUCCAACUGCGCGGAACCCCAAAGGAACCAAGAAACCCCGAAGAAAAGAAAAAUUCCUAUAGGAAUCCCAGGAGUCGCAAGUGAAGGAUCGCCCCAUUCGGAGGAACAUUUGGAUGUACCUGGAAACUGGAGCAGAGCUCCGGGAUACUCUUUUGGAUACUUACCACGACAUAAUGCAGCAGCAACCACAAGAGGAAAGGAAACCUACAGAAUCAAGUGAAUAAAAUAAACCCACGCACCGCCAUUGCCUUACGUCCGAAAGAGACAGCCACACAGAGGAACGAAAGAGAGAGAGCGAGCUUAAAAGAAAAGGAAUUUCACACUGAAAGUGCAACGAAAGGGAAGGAAGAAAGGAGGAACCUAAACAAAGUAGCAAUAAAUAGAACUGUAAGCAAAUGACCACGCGCCUGGCACCCCAGCGUCAGUUCAUCAUUUCGACGCGCUCUGCCGUGGCCAGUGCCAGCGCCAGUGGCGUCGUUGUGGAUGCCAUCCAGGCGGAGACAGCGGAGGAGCUGCAGCAGCAACAGCAGCAGCUGCUGCAGGAGGAUGUGCUGACCGUUGAGGUGGAGAACAGCAGCACCAACAACAACAACCACACCACAGCGAGCUCCGUGAACGCAUCGCCCACGCAUGCCGAGCAGUUCGAGUUCUGCACGGAGGAUGGUGUUGUUGUCUCCGCCACCCUGGAGGAUGUCAUGACGCAGGUAAGUCCUUGCCCAGCUGCCCAAUCUUGGCUGAAACUAACUCUGUUUUCCUGUCAGAACUGCCAGCUCCUGCAGAAGAAAUUAAGCGAAGGCGACGACUCAGUCACGGGCAAUGCCACAGCAGCCGAGCAGCUGGAGGUGAUACGCGUCGUCCUGCCCAUGGAUGCCAGCGACUCGAGCAACGAGGCCCACACCCAUAUCCAUGGGCAUGUGGUCAACAGCAACAGCAGCGACAUCGGCGGCACCAUCACCACCACAGAGCCCAAUGGCAGCACCAUCACCCACUCCAUACCCAUACACAGCAUGGCGGACCUCAGCGCCAUCAAGAAUGGCGUCGAUCUGGCCCAGCAGGUGGCCAAUGGCCAAGUGACCGUGGUGCAGGCCACCGAGGAUGAUGACGGCACGCCAUUCAUCACCGUUACGGUUUCCGGCCAGGAGCAGAACUACCAGGUGCAAUAUGUGGACUCGGAGCUGUACCACAGCAACUCCAGCCAGACGCAAAUGACAUAUCCGUUCUGCCCGGUGGGCGAUUACCAGGGCAAUGGUCAGACAUACUACUCGACCACGUCGACGGGCCAGUAUGCGGUGACGACGCCGUCGGCUGGGGGCAGUACGGCGGGCAAUGCGGCCCACUCCACGACACUGCCCUACCUGGUGCCCGUGGAGGAGGGCCUGCUGCUGAAUGGCUCCUCGCAGUCGCACGGCCGCGACUCGCCGCACAGCCUGACGGUGAGUAGGGAGCGGGGACGGGAGUGGGAGCCACCUGAGCCAACUGUGACUACAUUGACUAACCCUUGGGCCACCCUUGGGCUGCAGCACGAGGUUGCCUACAUCCAGGAGGCGCAGAGCACGCCCCAGACGCCCACCUCGACGACGACCACCAACUCGGCCAGCGGCGGCAGCCUCGGGACGGGCGGCGGAGGCGCCUCACCCGAUUCGGAUCAGAGUGCGCUCGGCAACAGCAACAAGAUUGCCUCGGCAACGAUCAAAUGGUUGUCACGCAACUACGAGACGGCCGACGGUGUCAGCCUGCCCAGGUCCACCCUGUACAACCACUACAUGCAGCAUUGCAACGAGCAGAAGCUGGAGCCCGUGAAUGCAGCCAGUUUCGGCAAGCUGAUACGCUCCGUGUUCUCCGGCCUGCGCACACGUCGCCUGGGUACCCGCGGCAACUCCAAGUACCACUACUAUGGCAUCCGCAUCAAGCCUGGCUCCCUGCUGAACCAUCACUCCAUGGAGGACAACAAGUCGAUGCACGGCUACGGGCCAGCCUCCGGCAACGGGGCCCUGGUUAGCGUCAGCAGCAGCACCUCCGGCCAGAUGGCGGGCUCCAAUGGCAGCAUGGGCAUGGCAGGGUCCACCAGCCAGCGGAACGGCACGUCCAAGAAGCACAGCUUCAAGCCAGAGACCUACGAGGCAUGCAUCCAGUACAUUGGCGAUGGGAGCAGUGCCCUGCCCUCGUUUCCGCCCAUCGAGCUGAGUCACAGCUUCAGCACUGAGCUAACGCUGGAGGAUGUGGACACGUUUAGGGCCCUGUACCGUGAGCACUGCGAGUCCUUCCUGGAUGCCGUGCUGAAUCUGGAAUUUGGCACCGUGGAGUUUCUGCUGCGCGACUUCUGGCGUGCCAGCGACAACAACAAUCUGGAGGAGUGCGAGGAGGAGAAGUACUUGAGCAAGACGAAGCUGUAUCUGUUGUGCCACUGCGCAGAAGUGCAAAAAUUCGUACGAGAGGUGGACUAUCAGUUUUACCAGAACACAGUGGAUGUCAUUAUUCCCGAUGUGCUGCGCUCCAUACCGAAUGCCCUGACCCAGGCCAUUCGUAAUUUUGCCAAGAAUCUGGAGCUGUGGCUGUGCGAGAGCAUGAUGGGUGUGCCGGAGCAGUUGGCCCAGAUCAAGACCAGCUCCGUCUCCGCCUUCUGCCAGACACUGCGUCGCUACACCUCGCUCAAUCAUCUGGCGCAGGCCGCACGUGCAGUGCUCCAGAACGGAGCACAAAUCUCCCAAAUGCUGAGCGAUCUGAAUCGCGUGGAUUUCCACAAUGUACAGGAACAAGCCGCCUGGGUGAGUCAGUGUGCUCCGUCUGUGGUGCAGAGAUUGGAGAGCGACUUCAAGGCCGCACUGCAGCAACAGAGCUCGCUGGAGCAGUGGGCCAGCUGGCUGCAGCUCGUGGUCGAGUCAGCCAUGGAGGAGUAUACGGGCAAGCCAACAUAUGCGCGUGCCGCCCGCCAAUUCCUGCUCAAGUGGAGCUUCUACAGCUCGAUGAUCAUUCGGGACUUGACGCUGCGCUCGGCCUCAAGCUUUGGCAGCUUCCACCUGAUAAGACUUCUGUUCGACGAGUACAUGUUCUAUCUGGUGGAGCACAAGAUAGCCGAGGCGCAGCAGAAGACGGCCAUUGCAGUUAUUUGUGAGCGCAUGAAGAAAGAGAUGGACUUUGAAUUCGAGUGCCAGUUUGCGUACAUAACCAGCGAAACGGAGCAGCAGCAGAAUACUCCCAGCUCGGUCAGUGGCGGGGAUGUUGGCAACGAGGCGAAGCGACUGAAGCAGGAAUGAGUUGAGGAAAUGGAAAUGAAAGUGGAAGUGAAAGUGGAAGCAAUGAAACUAGUAUUCAUAGUAAACGAUUUUAUGUAAUCCGUUAAAGCGUAAUUGUUAUCCCGAUCAGUGUGCACCAGUCCCCCCCGUCACCCAUAUAUUCAGCUCUGCAUUUAAUAGUCGAACCCCGUGUGUUGUACGUAUCCGUGUGUUAGUUUGUAGUCCUAAGUUCCCAGACUCUAAGCGUAGUCAGUCGUCGAUCAGUUUUAGUAGUAACAUUCUAGGCAGACUCAAGACUCAUAGCUAUGAGUGAGAGAUGAGCAUUGCCCCCGCAUUGAAGUGAAGAGCCGUCCAGCAGGCAGGAGGCAGCCGGCGGCAGCAAGGCAUAAGCCGCAAAAGCAACGCCUGGCCUUGCCUGCCCGCCCGCCCGAUCAACUGAUCUGAUCUCUGAUCUUUGAUCUCUGAUCGAUCCGUGUAUUCAUAAGAAACAUUUUAGUUUAAGUACAUGUGCAUUAAUAUCUGUAAUUUAUGUCUAACUCAAACGUCUAUUGUCUACUGUCGUCUACUACUACUGUCAACGAUAACGUUAACUCCUUGUGUUUGUUUAAGAGCGGAGAGAGCGGAGAGUGCAUCAGUUUUGUCUGGUUUCAAUGAACUAACUUGUAUCUUGUAUGUCACAGCGCACAGCGCACGGCGCACAUUCGCACACAUAGAUACACAGAACACACACAAAGACACUCACAGGUACAUAGAUCACUUCACGCACACUGAAAGCGAAAGCGAGAGAGUUCGAUUUUAUAGAUUUUAGCGAAA